AUGGUUUGUACAAAGUGCGAAAAGAAACUAUCCAAGCUCGCCGCUCCCGACCCCUUCUCCGCCUCCACAUCACAAGGUCGCAAAGUCGGGGAGAACAAGCUACUCACAUCCGGCGUUGGGCCAAGCAGUCUCAAGUCCAAGGGAUCGUUGGCGAACACGAGAUUCACGCCUUAUGGAGGGAAGUGCAAGGAUUGUAAGAGUACGGUGACGCAGAAUGGGGCCAAGUACUGUCAUGGCUGCGCAUUCAGGAAAGGCUUGUGCUCAAUAUGCGGGAAGAAGAUAUUAGACACGAAGCAGUACAACAUGAGCAACAAGUAG